AUGUAUUUUACAAAACAAUUUCAAUUAUUAUGGAAAAAUAAUUUUAAAAUAAAAAUAGAAGAAUUAAUAAUAUCAUUAACCGAAAAAGAAUUAAAAGGAUUUGAAAAUCCAGCAAAAAGUAAUUCAAUAUUUUUUACUUCUGUGAAUGGAAAAUUCUUUCUGAAAAGUGUUAAUAAAAAAGAAUUGGAUUUUUUCCUUAAACAAAAUGGAGAAAAUUAUUUAGAAAAUGAAAGAGAAUUUUUUAAAGGAGGAAUACAUGAUUAUUUUAAUUAUGUUAAAAAUCGAGAAAAAUCAUUCUUGCCUCAAUUAUUUGCUUUUUUUAAAUUUGAGGAAAAUAAAGACAACAAUUCACAUUACUUCUUCAUUCAAAAUGGAUUGUUUCCUGAAAACAUACCCUGUUUGGAUUUUAUAUUUGAUUUAAAAGGCGCGUCAUAUCAUCGUUGGAAAGAAGAUGAAGACAAGAAAAAAGAGAUGAAAGAAAAUAAAAAUAAAAAAAUUUUGGAAGAAAAUGAAGAAGAAACUAAAGUUAAAGUUUAUAAAGAAUUGGAUUUUGUUCGCUUUAGAGAAGGCGAAAAUAUUUUGAAUUUUUUCACUUUAACGAAAUAUGAAAUAAUUGAAGGAAAAUUCCCCAACGGAAUUUUAUUAAAAUCUGAACAUUAUAAAGAAAUUACUAAAAAUUUAGAAAGAGAUUCGGAUUUUUUGGCUAAACAUAAAAUUGUUGAUUAUAGCCUGCUUUUGGGUAUCGUAAAAAAUAAUGGAGAAUAUACAAAAGAUUAUACAAAGUUUGUUUUUAAAAUUAAUAAAUACAGCAGGUACCUACUACAUUUAGUAGGUAUCUACAUGGAUCUCAAUUUCGAAUAUAUUUUUCUUUUGAUAAUCCACAAUAUAUCCCGUAUGUAUCUUAUGUGUAGCGAGCUCCGACUAUAUUUAAAAUAUAAAAUAAAAUAA